AUGCCUACCCUUCUCGACUUUAGCCUUCUGCCAAUUGGCCUCCAUCUGGUGGUUUCCUUGACUGCCCUCAUUCUCUGUGCUCACUCAUGGUAUCUUCUGGAUUGGAAGGUCCUAAGCUGGGUUUGGGUGCUAUUUAACCAGACAAAUAAGAUCGAACAGGCGAUUAUUGAAUACACUUUCAGGCCUACGGAUACAACUAUCUCAGCGGGAUGUCUUGGUGUGGCAUCCGCCGUCGUUGCCAUCAUCGGCUGGUCGCGACUGCGAAUGCGUGACAUGGAUUUCGAAUACAAUAUUACUCGCCGUUACUUCUGGUCAGGAUUUGUUCUCCUAACGUCAGCCGCUAGCUUCGCUUGCUCACUUGCCGCACUUAUUUUCUCUACCAUCGACAAGGAUAGCGGCGGAUGGCAAGGGUGUACUCAGACAAUUGAUGGAGCAAAUUUGCCCGUUUUCCAUUGUACGAGGGAAGCUGCUGCUUGUAGUCUUCUGCCUUACUAUUGGGCCAACAUCACGGGCGAAUGGAAAUGGGCUAUUCCUUUAGCCUGCAACGAAGCGGUUUCUGCGAAGUGGAUGCAGGUCGCAAUUAUGUUGUGCACGACGGUGGUAAUUGCGAUGUUUGGCGCACAAGCAUGGUUAAGAAGGGGAAGCCACCGAAGCGUGGGCAAAGAGGCAGCGUAA